AUGCCCCCAGGACUCGGAACGGUGCCCUGCCAUGGCCAGGUGGGCUCUGUGCUGUCCUCUCACCAGGCUGCUCUCUGCUCAGGUAUCUCCAGGGACAACUGGCAUAAGCGUCGCAAGACUGGGGGCAAAAGGAAACCCUACCACAAGAAGAGGAAGUAUGAGUUGGGGCGACCUCCUGCCAAUACGAAGAUUGGCCCACGCCGAAUUCAUACAGUGAGAGUUCGUGGUGGAAAUAAGAAAUACCGUGCCCUUCGGUUGGAUGUUGGCAACUUCUCCUGGGGAUCGGAAUGCUGCACUCGCAAAACCAGAAUUAUUGAUGUCGUCUACAAUGCUUCCAACAAUGAACUAGUGCGGACAAAGACCCUGGUGAAGAAUUGCAUCGUUCUCAUCGACAGCACCCCGUACCGGCAGUGGUACGAAGCCCACUAUGCUUUGCCCCUCGGACGCAAGAAGGGCGCCAAACUGACUCCUGAAGAGGAGGAAAUCUUGAACAAGAAGCGUUCAAAGAAGAUCCAGAAAAAAUACGAUGAGCGAAAGAAGAAUGCCAAGAUAGCAAGUAUUCUUGAGGAGCAAUUCCAGCAAGGAAAGCUGCUUGCCUGCAUUGCCUCCAGACCUGGACAGUGUGGCCGAGCCGAUGGCUAUGUAUUGGAAGGCAAGGAAUUAGAGUUCUACUUGAGGAAAAUCAAGGCCAGAAAAGGCAAAUGAAUAAAAACUAUUCUGCUGAGAGAACGAAUAAAACCAAGAGUCUACUACAGUAAAAA